AUGGACAAGAUCCUGGAGGGGCUGGUGAGCUCGUCGCACCCGCUGCCACUGAAGCGGGUGAUCGUGCGGCGGGUGGUGGAGUCGGCCGAGACGCCGCUGAGCCAGGCGCAGUGCCACGCCAUGUUCACGCUCAGCACGCGCCUCGUGCUGCAGGGCCCCGACGCCUUCCAGCGGCAGGUGGGGCGGCAGGUGCUCGAGGCCUACGGGCGCCACCACCGCGCCGAGUUCGAGGCCUUCUUCGACCGCGCGCUCGUGCUAAGCCUGCUGCAGCACGGCUAUGGGCAGCUCAGUGCACGGGACCCCGCCAUUCUUGACUACAUCCAGGCMGGGCUGCGUCUCAUCAUGAGCUGCCCCUCGGUGCUGGAACUCUUCGAGGUGCUGCAGGUGGAGGCGCUGCGGCUGGUGUGCGAGCGGCCGGCGCCGCCGCUCUGCGCCCGCCUCUGCCAGCUGCUGAGUGACUUCCCUCAGUGCCUGCCCCACGGCAGGAAGCUCUCGCUYGCCUUCUGCCAGCAGCUUGUGCGCAGCAUGGCCCACUUCCAGAGCCAGGGCAGCCGCGAGGCAGAGCUGCGCCUCUACGUCUCGCAGGUGACCCAGGUGAGCGCGCUGCUGCGCAGUGUCUGGAAGGCCAAGCCUGAUACGCUGCUGCCCUCCCUGCAGGAGCUCUUCGCUGUCAUCUCUUCUGCAGAUACUUCAUUUGAACCUUCCGUUGCACUGGCAAGUCUUGUACAGCAUAUACCAUUACAGAUGAUUACAGUACUCAUCAGGAGCCUUACUACCGAUCCAAAUGUGAAAGAUGCAAGUAUGACUCAAGCUCUGUGCAGAAUGAUUGACUGGUUGUCUUGGCCUCUGGCUCAGCAUGUGGAAACAUGGGUGAUUGCACUGCUGAAAGGACUAGCUGCAGUCCAGAAAUUUACCAUCCUCAUUGAUGUCACCCUGCUUAAGAUAGAAUUGGUCUUUAAUCGACUUUGGUUUCCUCUAGUGAGACCUGGUGCCCUUGCUGUCCUUUCCCACAUGUUACUUAGUUUCCAGCAUUCUCCAGAGGCUUUUCAUUUGAUUGUCCCACAUGUGGUCAGCUUGGUGCACUCCUUCAAAAGAGAUGGCUUGCCUUCCAGUGCAGCUUUUUUGAUGCAGCUGUCUGAGUUGAUACACUGUAUGAUGUAUCAUUAUUCUGGAUUUCCAGAGCUCUAUGAACCAAUUCUGGAUGCUAUUAAGGAACUGCCCAAACCCAGUGAAGAGAAGAUUAAGUUGAUUCUCAGUCAAAGUGCCUGGACUUCUCAAUCCAGUUCUUUGCCAUCUUGUUUAUCUAGACUUUCUGGAAAAUCUGAAACUGGGAAGACUGGCCUAAUUAAUCUAGGAAAUACUUGUUAUAUGAACAGUGUUAUUCAGGCACUCUUUAUGGCUACAGAUUUCAGAAGGCACGUUUUAUCUCUAAAUCUAAAUGGAUGCAAUUCACUAAUGAGAAAAUUACAGCAUCUUUUUGCAUUUUUGGCACAUACCCAGAGGGAGGCRUAUGCUCCUCGAAUCUUCUUUGAGGCUUCCAGACCCCCGUGGUUUACUCCGCGAUCUCAGCAGGAUUGCUCAGAAUAUCUCCGGUUCCUGCUAGACAGGUUGCAUGAGGAAGAGAGAACCUUGAGAGCACUGUCGUCAGCAAAGGCUGCUGAAAGCCUAGUGAGUGAGGAGGCCCAGGCACAAGAAACUGUCCAUAAAGCCCAUCUGUUUGCUGAAGCACCUUGUGCUGGAACUGAAGAGAGAACGUUGAUAGAGAGAAUGUUUGGAGGAAAACUCAAGACUAGUAUAUGCUGUUUAAACUGCAAAAGCACUUCUCAAAAGGAAGAAGCUUUCACAGAUCUCUCGCUAGCUUUCUGUCCUCCGGCUUCCGUGGAGAAUGUUGGCCCCAAGUGCAUGGAACAUUCUGAAGUGAAGGAUGAUUACGUGGUGCAAAGUAGUAUCUUAGCAUCCAGUGGUGCUGAAGAAGCAACUCUCACUAAUUUGGAAGUAAAUGGUGGAUGUGAUGCAGUUAUGAAUGAAGGAACCAUAAAAAACUUUUCUACUGAGCCAAACUCUGGGAAUACUACAAAUUCUGAACUUAGUGGCAUUCAGGAUAAUAAGGAUAUAUCUCAGAGGCUAGUAGGUAAAAAUACUCCAUCAGUUACAGACUUGCUGAAUUAUUUCCUGGCACCUGAGAUCCUCAGCGGCGAAAACAAGUAUUAUUGUGAGAAGUGUGCCUCUCUACAGAACGCUGAGAAAACUAUGCAAAUCAUUGAGGAACCUGAAUACCUCAUUCUCACUCUUUUGAGAUUUUCAUAUGAUCCAAAGUGCCAUAUAAGGCGCAAAAUCUUGGACAAUGUGUCCCUGCCGCUUGUCUUGGAACUGCCAGUCAAAAGGGCAACAUCCCUAGCUGUAGUUUCAGGAGGUUGGUCUGUUGAUGUUGAGAUUUCUGAUUUUGGAGAAAAUCUUGCUAAAAAACUGAAGCCCUCAGGUGCUGAUGAAGUGACCUGCCCACAGCUUGUGCCCUACAUGCUAAGCUCUGUGGUAGUGCACUCUGGUGUCUCCUCUGAAAGUGGACAUUACUACUCUUAUGCUAGAAAUGUGACUGGUUCAGGGCCCUCAGGACUGUGCCACCAGUCCAAAGCUCUGUCUCUAGUUUCUCCCCAGAAUACCGUGAUAGCAGAGGAGAGUCCUUGUACUGUUGUAGAAAAUGAGCUAGACACUGAGAUGCCAAAAGAAUGGUUUCUGUUCAAUGACAGCAGAGUGACAUUUACCUCAUUUCAGUCGGUCCAGAAAAUUACGAGUAGAUUUCCAAAGGAUACAGCUUAUGUUCUGUUUUACAAAAAGCAGAAUAACACCUGUGGAUUCAGCACCAAUUCAGCAAAUGGACUCUGGGUAAAUGGAGACCCUCCCCUACAAAAAGAUCUCAUGGAUGCAAUUACAAAAGAUAACAAACUGUACUUGCAGGAGCAAGAGCUGAGCGCCCGCACGCAGGCACUUCAGGCCGCCUCGGCCUCCUGCUCCUUCCGACCCAACGGCUUCGACGACAACGACCCCCCGGGAAGCUGCGGCCCCACGGGCGGUGGCGGCGGUGGCGGCUUCAGCACCGUUGGCAGAUUGGUCUUUUGACGCCCAAGACACCCUGGGAUACACUGGUUCCCGAGCGGCUGGCGGCUGCGGAGGACGAUUAAAACAUUGAACUUUGUCGACUCUUGUACCAUGCUUUGAGACGUGGUCCUUGUUCUCUAAGAAAUGUGGGGCUUUGGGGAUCUUUUGUUUUAUUUGAAAUAAAUAAGCGCAUCAUGGAAAGAAAAAAAAAAAACUACCUCUUAAAAAUUCAGCUGUUUUUACAGUGAGAGAUGCUUGCCCAAAAGAGAGAAAUGAAGAUUUUUAAGUAGUUUCUAAUGAUACUGCAUUAAGCUAAACAAAUGCACUUACCAUCAGUUUGUAUCAUCCUUAUCCACUGAAUGAYGAAAGCUCCUUUUCUGCUCUGACAGUGUUGUUUUA